AUGAAUAAUCGGCUUUCUUUUGCUCUCCUCAUUUUCCCUCUGGCCUUAUCGGCCGAGUCAUCGUCUUCCCACAGUACCAUGCAUUGGAGUCGAACCUCGUUCUCGAGCAAGGUUCGCGAUGGAAGUCUGAGUGCGAGGCAAACAUAUUAUGGCCUAUUAGGUGAGUGCAUAGGCAAUGAGGAAGAAACGGUGAUGGAAUCGGAUAUAAGCCGUAGGGCAUUAGCUGGAAGGAGAAGGUACAUUAGCUACGGUGCCCUAAAGCGGGACCGAGUCCCUUGCAAUCGUCGGGGCCAUUCCUACUAUAACUGUGGUGCCCCUGGGCGGGCUAAUCCUUACAAUAGAGGGUGCAGUGUCAUCUCACAUUGCUAUCGAUACACUGGUUAA